GGUCUAGCCUUCGUUCCCGUGGCUCCCGCAGCUGAGUCCACGCGUGAGUCCCGGAAGUGGGCGACCGUCGCCACGGUGGCGGCAACUGCAUCUCGUCCCACCUCCGCGGCAUCAGCCGGCCCUGAGCUUAUGACGGGCCAGGGCCAGCCGGCGUCCGGGUCGUCGGCGUGGACCACGAUAUUCCGCCACGUCCGGUACGAGAAUCUGGUGGCGGGCGUGAGCGGCGGGGUCCUUUCCAACCUCGCGCUGCACCCGCUCGACCUCGUAAAGAUCCGCUUCGCCGUGAGUGAUGGAUUGGAACUGAGACCGAAAUACAAAGGAAUUUUGCAUUGCUUGACUACCAUUUGGAAACUUGAUGGACUACGGGGACUUUACCAAGGAGUAACCCCAAAUGUGUGGGGAGCAGGUUUAUCCUGGGGACUCUACUUUUUCUUUUACAAUGCCAUCAAAUCAUAUAAGACAGAAGGAAGAGCUGAACGGUUAGAGGCCACAGAAUACCUCAUCUCCGCUGCUGAAGCUGGAGCCAUGACCCUCUGCAUUACCAACCCAUUAUGGGUAACAAAAACUCGCCUCAUGUUACAGUAUGAUGGUGUUGUUAACGCCUCCCAGCGGCAGUAUAAAGGAAUGUUUGAUACACUUGUGAAAAUAUACAAGUAUGAAGGUGUGCGUGGAUUGUAUAAGGGAUUUGUUCCUGGACUGUUUGGAACAUCGCACGGUGCCCUUCAGUUUAUGGCAUAUGAGCUGUUGAAGUUGAAAUACAACCAACAUAUCAAUAGAUUACCAGAAGCUCAGCUGAGCACAGUGGAGUAUAUAUCAGUUGCAGCACUCUCCAAGAUAUUUGCUGUGGCAGCAACGUACCCAUACCAAGUUGUGAGGGCUCGCCUGCAGGAUCAGCACAUGUCUUACAGUGGGGUCCUGGAUGUGAUCACAAAGACGUGGAGGAAAGAAGGCAUUGGUGGAUUUUACAAAGGGAUUGCCCCCAAUCUGAUUAGAGUGACUCCAGCCUGCUGUAUUACCUUUGUGGUAUAUGAAAAUGUCUCACAUUUUUUACUUGGCCUUAGAGAAAAGAAAAUGUAAGCUAAAAGAAGAUAAUUCCAGUACAUUUGCCCAAGACAGCAACAUGCUUCUUUUGUAUUUGAGAUAUAAAACCUUCAGAAGAAUACUCAACAGCAACAUGGCUCGUAAUCGAACUCGGUUUAUAAUCAUUAGCAGUCACAGAACCGCUGAGUCUUCAGUGUUUUUCUGCUCUUGCCUUCCCCGUACACAUGGGACUUGGCUACCUCUGUCUGGAAUGGUUGCCAGCAACACAACAGUUGAAACUGACACCAAGCGGAGAGUUUCGCAAAUUUUCUCCAUUUCACUGUCCAAGUACAAUCCGAUUGGCAGCGUUUGCUAAGUGGAUUAUAAGAAUGUGCUUUUUCUGAACUCAUUUGCCUGGAUUGGCUUUAAAAUCAACCUCUGUGCAAUAGCAAGAAAAUGGCUUCUUAAAGAUGUCAUUGCUGAUUCAAGGAUAAAUUAAACUUUAAGGAUUUGCUGAAAAAGAUGUUGCCCAAAUCCUGACCAUUUUAGAAUUUGGAAAUUUUGGUGAGAAAAAACUCCAUUAUAAAAGGCUUUAGUUCAUUCAGUUGGCAUGAACCAGAGAAAUUUGAAAAGUUAUGUACUUCUCUUAAUUUGAGAAAUAUCUGAUAUCUGUUGUUAUUCCAUCCACCAAUUUUUUUCCCCAGAGGCUCUUUUGUAAUUUAAAAUGUAAUCCUGGGUUCCAUUAUUAUUUUUUGGCAUGGGUACUUAGUGUCUUUUAUAUGUAUAAAAUCUGAACUAGGAGCCAGCCUGUGUCAGCUUUUAUUUAGCUUAUUUGGCUGUAAAUCAACUUACUGGAGUUGCUUAAUAGAUCACCUUAUACAGAUACUGGAAUGAUUGGGAUAUGUUUGUUGACAUACUGUAUGGAAAUGAGAAGCUUUAGCUUCUUACUCAGAUUUCAGAUAUAUGGGUCCAGAUCCCAAAUAAAUGACCAAUCACAUUGGUUGCUCAAAUUCAGGUUUAAAUACAAAUUAAAAGGCCAUUAUCAAUUUUACAUUUAUCAGUUAUUGUAAAUUUCUAUGACUAUAAAGGCCUGCCCCAAAAGGAUGCCAGAAUACUAGUAUUUUUAUUUACCAUAAACAUCUAUGAAUGCUUUUUGCACUACCAUCUAUUUGUUAUAAAUAAAAUAUUAUAGUUUUCAAAGCCAUAUUUAAAUGGUUCUUUGAAAAGAGGUCUAUUUUUUAUAUUUUGAAAAUGGCUUUGUUUUAAAAAUAAAGAUGAAUUAAGUACCUAA